AUGGACCCGCACAUGCGUAAUCUGACAGUGAAGCCGCAGGAGACGCUGCAGGAGACGCUGCAGGAGACGGUGUCAGACGCCGUCGAUGUCAUCACAUCCAAGCGCACCAGGCGAGCCGCUGUCAACACGGCUGUUCUGCUCACGGGGGGUACGGCGCUCGUGUUCGUCGCAGCCAUCGCUUCGGCGCUGUUCUUUCAGAAUUUUGUGCCGGACCAGGUCCUUUCUGUGCCGGUCUAUCUACAAUACGGAUCCUCCCCACAUCCCUAUGGUGUCGCAUCCCUGACAGCGCCAUGGAUCAAGUCAGCGCAGGACUACGACGUUUCUGUAACGCUGACGCUGCCGCCGUCGCGACCCAACGAGGAGCGCGGCAACUUCAUGGUGUCCCUCCACCUUCUUGACCGGGACGUGACGCCGCGGCUCCUGGAGGCGGCGCAGGAGUUCUCGUCGCGCAGAGACCGCCACCACUACCACCACGCUGCGCAGGGAGGAUUCGGCGACCAGGGCGGCGUCGUCUUCAGCUCGCGCCGGCCGGCGCUGGUGCCCUACGUCGACCCCGUCGUGUCGGCGGCGUCGCGCACCCUGUUCCUCUUCUACCACGUGCUCUUCCCCGGCGCGCGCACGCACGAAGUGACGGUGCGGCUAGCGGAGCGCGUGGCGUUCGGGAGGGCGCACUCACUCCCCGCGUCGGCGUUUGUGGAGCUGGAGGCUGGGCAGGAUCUCCAGACGUACGAUGUGCGGCUCAACUUCACGGCGCAGCUGAGGGGGCUGCGCUGGCUCAUGCACCACUACCGUCUGCCUACGUAUCUGGUCUUCACCUUCUUCUUCUGGGCUUGCGAGGUGGUCUUCAUGGGGCUUAUCUGGGCCAUAUGGACGUCCUGGGCGUCAUCCGGCACCUCGGCAGCAGACAAGGGCCGCGACUACGGGACUCCCAGCGAGUCGGACGACACCGCGGGGGCGGAGGCGGAGGCGGAGCGGGAGGAGGAGGAGGAGGAGGAGGUGGCCAACUCCUCGUCGGACGAUGGCGUCGUCUCGACAACGCUGAAGCGCGAGCUCGGCACCGUCAAGAAGGAGGAGGACGAAGAAGCGGAGCGCGACACGCCACUGUCCGAAUUGCCGCUGGGAGGGGCCGAGGCAGACGACGAGAGGGAUGCCGGGCCGGACGCGAGGCCGCAGCACGGUGAGCGGGCCGCCAGCUCGAGCUAUCGCGAGGAAGGGGGCGGACAGGUCAGGCGAAGGGACAGCGGCCGGCAGGGUGGUGGUGGCCGAUGA